CCCGGCCUGGGGCCGCUGGGGGCCCGCCGGGCUGCCAAGCCACUGGGCACGGAUCGGGCACCGCUGUGCCAACUCUUAGAUGCAGCGGUCGCCGCCUACAUCACCACCAGCCACUCCCGCCUCACGCACAUCAGCCCGCGACACUAUGGCGACUUCAUUGAGUUCCUGGGCAAAGCUCGCGAGACCUUCCUGCUGGCGCCCAACGGGCACCUGCAGUUCGCCCAGUUCUUAGACAACCUCAAACAGACCUACAAGGGCAAGAAGAAGCUCAUGCUUUUAGUGCGGGAGCGUUUUGGAUGAGAGGUGGAGGUGGGGGAGGCGGUGGGGGAUGCCCCCUUCUCCCCUGCCUCCCUGACAUUCGCUUUCCUGGGGGUGGGGGACUGGGGGCGGGGAGCUCGGCACCCGGAGGCCCACGUGGCAUUUCAGUAUUAAGUCAGAGGAGUCCGGCUGGAGGUGGGAGGCAGGAGGGGUGACAUCCUUCCAUGCGCGUGCCUAAGUGUGCGAGUGAGUGAGCGAGACUUCAGGAGCAGAAGCCAUACCACCACCCGGAAGCCUGGGGGGAGUGUGCUUAAAAGCAGUUGGGAUGACCCGUCUUGGGCACCCCAAAAGCAAUAGGCAAGCUCCCCCUCCCCCAAACUCUGUAGGCCUGGCCUGAGCUCCCGGAUGGAUGGGGUUAGCUGGGAGGCAGGACUUUCCAAAAUCCAGCCCCUCUAAGUCAGUAUAGCAGACCCCCCUCUGCCCUCCCCAAUUCCACCCUAUGUAGCUAUCCAAACCCCCUGUGCCCUCCUCUAACUGCUCAGGGGACCCACCCACGCACCACCUCUGAGGCUGCCCAGCCACUGAAGGAUUUAAAGAGGCCUCAGACCUCAGCAGCAUACCUCACCCCUCCCUAGCCCUCUGUCUGGCCAGGACCCCCAUUCCUUUGGGCACCAGGGUCCCAGGGUGGGCUGGGGUGGUCAUCGCUGCCCCCCACCCCACCCCGCACCUGCUAGUCACUGGAUACACAACUCAGGAAGCAAGGGAGGCUCCACCGCCACCCUCCAAGCCUGGUGUUGGGGAGACAGUGGGGUCAGGAGAGCCAGGGACAGAGACCUGCAUUUCAGCAUUUGCUCUCUCUGUCCCUUUCUCUUCCUCUGUCUCCCCGCUUCACCCCUGCAUCUUACUCUUCAUUGAGCCCGGCUUUUCUAUUAUAGAUGCAUCUCCAAAUUCCACCCAAGAGCUUCUCUUUGGCCUCCCUCCCCCUCCCCCACAUUGGCCUCAGGAGGAGGAAGGAGAGUGCCCCCCCACACCCCUCCCCUGUCACCCCUUCCCCAUCUUCUUCCCCUCUUGUAUAUUAAGGACAAAAGACCACGGCAUUUUGUAACUUUUUUCUAUUUAUUGAACCGUAUAUUGUAUUUCCUUUUUUCAUUUUUUUUAAAGAUGAAACACAGCUUUUUCUUUUAAAUCUGCUUGUGAGAUUGAGUGCACCUUCCUUUCGACGGCCAGCACUGCCCCGUCCUUUUGCAAAAAAAAAAUAUGACUAAUCUUGGGCCUCGUUUCUGGACGUAGCUUUAGGCAAGGGGGUGAGCAGAGAGCAACGACAGGUGUCAUCCUCAUGACCCAGCACGGUGUCUAAGGGACCGCCAUGCCCAUUUCUCCCCAAGAAAAAACAGCCUCCGAAGUUUAAGAGCACCCAGCUAGGAAGCAGUGGAGCUGGCGGUGACCGCUAGGGGGUGUCCUGGCUCCAGACAGGCACUAUCAGGGGUGAUUCUUUCCGAAGUGCUGAGCGUGGGAGGCUGAGUCUGGAGCUGGGUUGGGAGGACGCCCCGCCCAAAGGCCGAAACCCUGGGUUGAGACUAGACUUCGGUGGGCGGGGCUUUGGCCGCCAAGGAGAAAGUGCGGUGGGCGUGACCCGGCCGUGACGUGGGCGGGGGGCGUGGCCAGAGCGUGUCUGGGCUGUUGCACCGCAAAAGAGGCUUCCAGUCCCCCGAAAAGGGGUGACGGGUCUGGGGGACGGCAGGAUGGCCCUUGGUUGUCUUUUCUGGCUCUCGGAGAGUAGCUAUUUCGGGGCUUGCUUGGCUUUGGAGAGUGACGAACGAAUGGACAGACCGGGUCACUGUCAGGUCCGGGGCAGGCGAGGACAGGCCUCCCACAGGGGCGGGGCUCUAGUCGCGCUGUGCAAGACGAUUGGCCCGUGGCGCCGCCCUCUACUACAGGGAGCCAAUAGGAGGCGCCUUAUGUCCUGUCUGCCCCGUGUGUCCCCGUAGUUAUGCGCGGGGAGACCCUACCACUGGCGCGCCUGCAGGUGCUGCCUAGAGUUUUGGGGCGAUGGGGGUGCAAACCUGGAACGCUGCAUCACCUUCGCCUGCCAGUGGGUCCUGUCGCCUCCAAAUUUCCCUGGAUUUAGGGCGCCCCUUAACUGUGUCUUUCAGCUCUCAGUUACCCACAAAAGUUCCCCAAAGACCAGGCAGGGCCACCGAAGUGCCAGUCACAACCUGAGGUUUCCCUCAUGUCACACAAAGACACCUCCAGUAUUCUCAGGUACCACCCCCAAAUCUUCUCCAGGCCUGAAUUGUCACUUAGGUCCCAGUCACCCGAAAAUCUCACUAGCUGAAGACCAGGUCCCAGUUAUCUCCAAAUGCUGGUCCCCAGAGUCACCCCCAAACCCAGUUGGGGGGUUCUAGUCCACCUUGAUCAGGGUCCAUCUCCCCCGGGGCAGCCCUUCACUAUGACCCCACUUAAGGUCCUUCCAGCCUAGGGUUUCCUUCAGGGUCACCCCACAACCACAGACCACCCCUCAAGGUCACCGCUCUGCCCUCUCCGUCCAUGGGAUUAAAUGUCCAUGGGAUUAAAUUAGUCGUCCUCAGAGCAGGUGGGACGGGAGUGGGGAGCUCCUGAGGUCAGGUAAGUGGAGGCCGAUCAAAACUGGAGCUCUGGGGGAAACAGCAGUUAGGGUAAUGGCUAUGUCGCUGG